UAGAUACGAGUCGCGCGAAGCCCGCCACCGCGCCGCCGCUGCCCCGCCACCGCGCGCUUUUCGCUCAUUGUAUGUUUGAUUCAUUCCAUUACUGGCCGCGUACGAACGUGCACGCCGCGAGACAGCACGUGACGCAAACAUGUCUAAUAUAAUGAAAAAAAAGAAGUUUGUGCUUGCUUACUAUAUGUAUAGAAAAUGGAAAAAAGAACGACGAGUUAAAAAGUUGUGGGUUCAUCCUAUGCUGUCGGCUCGGGAGCAAUAUGGUGAAUUUCAUACACUUUAUGAAGAUCUCCGAAAAGACGAGGCCAAGUUUUGUGAUUAUUUUCGAAUGAAUUACAAGACAUUUGAUAAAUUAUUAGAUUUAUUAAAUAACAAACUGCAACACACAAAUACAAAUAUGCGAGCAAGUAUAUCUGCUAAGGAGAGAUUGGUUGUUACAUUGAGGUAUUUAGCAACCGGAACUUCAUUAGCCGAUCUUGAAUAUCGUUUUAGAAUGGGAAAAUCAACUUUAAGCGUAAUCAUACGAGAAGUAUGUUCUCUAAUAUGGUCUGAACUUUACCCAAAUUAUAUGAAAAUGCCAUGUAUGAACGAUUGGCUAGAAAUAGCAGAUAAAUUCGAAGUAUCUGCUAAUUUCCCUCAUUGUGUCGGUGCUGUAGAUGGAAAGCACAUCAGAGUAAUUAAACCAAAUAAAAGUGGAUCGAUGUUUUUGAACUAUAAACAUUAUUUCUCGAUUGUAUUGAUGGCAGUCGCCGAUAGUGGCUACAACUUUAUUUAUAUUAACGUCGGUGCUUAUGGAAAGGAUUGUGAUUCAGGUGUAUUUAAAGAUACAGCUUUCUGGCACAACAUGAUUAACAAUACUUUGAACUUGCCAGGACCUGCUUCCUUACCUAAUACCAACAUUGCUUUGCCAUAUGUAUUCGUAGGCGAUGAAGCAUUUGCACUACAUCAGAAUUUUCUGCGCCCAUAUAAUAGUCAACAGCUUGAUGCAGAAAAAUCCGUUUUUAAUUAUCGGUUAACAAGAGCGAGACGAUAUGUAGAAUGUACCUUUGGGAUACUGGCCAAUAAAUGGCGAAUUUUUCAUCGACCUUUAAACGUGUCAUUGGAUUUGGCUGUUGAUGUUGUGAAAGCUUGUUGUUUACUGCAAAAUUUUAUACACAAAGAGGAGGGUGUAAAAGGGGUGCAAGAAUCUCUAACUCACACCGAGUUAGAGGAGUUUUUGCCAUUUGAUUCUACAGAAAUAGUUCCCACAACAGCUAAUGAUAUACGUGACAAAUAUAAGGAGUAUUUUAAUUCUGAAUAUGGCAGUGUACCAUGGCAAAAUAAUUAUUGUUAAUAUGAAACGUGUUUCUAUCUAGCGGGAAUACUCAAGCUCCUACUAGUAGCAAGUGAUUGCUUGUUUAAUGUACAUAGGUAUCUACCACACGAAAUUACUCACGAGAUAUACUAUCCACAGUCCACACACUAUAUAAUAUAUAGAGGUACCCUCUGUUGCAUUAGUAAAUAAAAAUCACACUGAUCGUGUCUUGUCCCAAAGUUACUUUAAGUCAGCUACUUAUAUAUUUUUUCGAUUGGCCCCACUAGACAGAAACACACUAAAAAGCAUUAAUAAAAUUUUGUAAAAAGA